AUGAGCAACUCAUUCUCCGAAACACAGGCACAAUUGGACCGCCAAACGCGCGAAAUAGAACAAUGGUGGGCCCAACCUCGCUGGAAAAACACUAAACGUAUCUACUCCGCUCGCGAUAUCGCAGCACGGCGGGGAUCGAUGCCUACAGACACCGAAAACGCUUCGUCACUCAUGGCACGCAAACUCUACGCACUGCUAUCAGAACACCACGAUCGCAAAACUGUAAGCAAGACGUUCGGCGCCUUGGACCCCGUCCACGUCACCCAAAUGGCCCCCUACCUCGACACCGUGUACGUUUCCGGCUGGCAGUGCUCGUCCACGGCGUCCACCAGCAACGAGCCCGGUCCAGACCUUGCAGAUUACCCCAUGGACACCGUCCCAACCAAAGUGGACCAUCUUUUCAAAGCGCAGCGAUUUCACGACCGCAAACAAUGGGAGGAGCGCGCACGGUGUCAGACCCAGCGUGAAUGGGACGCUAUGGGAGCGCCAAUUGACUAUCUCCGCCCCAUUGUUGCCGAUGGAGACGCUGGACACGGUGGGAUCACGGCCGUGUUCAAACUGACCAAAAUGUUCGUUGAAAGUGGCGCUGCAGGUAUCCACAUGGAGGAUCAAACCUCCACUAACAAGAAAUGUGGCCACAUGGCCGGCAGAUGUGUGAUUCCAGUGCAGGAACACAUCAACAGACUUGUCACUGUGAGAAUGUGCGCUGACAUCAUGCACUCGGAUUUGGUACUCGUGGCAAGAACAGACUCCGAAGAAGCCACGCUCCUCAGCUCGACCAUCGACCCCAGAGAUCAUUAUUUCAUCGUGGGCGCAACCAAUCCAGACGUGCACGAAUCACUUUCCGAGAGCAUGGAUGCGGCUAUUUUGAAAGGACACGGCGGCAAAGAACUUGAAAGCUUGGAGGCACGUUGGUGUGAGAAAGCAGGUCUCAGACUAUUCCACGAGGCCUUUGCAGAGUCUGCGCGUAAACAAAACCCUUUCAAAUGCGAGCAGAUUAUUUCCGAAUUCAAUGCGCAGGCUGGUCCCUUGAGCGGCAUGUCCAUCAGACAGAUGCAAGCAAUUGCGCGGAAAUUGCUCGGUAAACCCAUUUAUUUCGACUGGGAACUACCGCGCGUAAGAGAGGGUCUCUACCGUUACCGUGGCGGCACUCAAAGCAGUAUCAUGAGGGCAAGAGCGUUUGCGCCUUACGCCGACUUGGUAUGGAUGGAGUGCAAUUCCCCCGAUUACGAACAAGCCAAGACCUUUGCAGAAGGCGUGAAAGCCAAAUACCCUGACCAAUGGCUCGCCUACAACCUAUCGCCCUCUUUCAACUGGAACACCGCCAUGGCUCCCGACGAGCUCAACACGUUUAUCGAGCGUCUGGGUCAUCUCGGGUACAUUUGGCAAUUUAUCACCCUGGCUGGACUACACACCAGUGCACUAGCCGUGAAUAAUUUUGCCAAGGACUUCGCCCAGAGAGGCAUGUUAUCGUAUGCGACAACCGUGCAGCAAGAAGAAAUCAACCAAAAGGUCGAUAUUGUCAAACACCAAAAGUGGUCGGGAGCCGAGUAUAUUGACAGUUUGCUCAAGUUGGCUCAAGGCGGAGUCAGCGCAACUGCUGCAAUGGGAGUGGGUGUUACCGAAGAACAAUUUCGCGAAAAGGGCAAGCUUUGA